UCUCUAAAUUAGUGGGAGUAACUUCAUACAUAACAUUUUUUGAAACGUUCAGAGAAAAUCUUUGCAAAUUACACAAUACCGAAAGAGGAAGAGAGGAGCAAAGCAUCGAGCAGCAACAAAAUGUACAGCGCAGCUAUAUAUCCGCCUCAACAUGCCCCUGCAGCCAACCCGUUCGCAAGCAUGCCUGGCUAUGAGGGAAUUGGUGCAGGUGGUUUUUUGCCUCCUCCUGUACCUUUACAGCCUGUAGCUCCAGCCCAACCUGGCCUCACUCCUGAAGAAUGGAACAUCCCCGCUCUGUCAGAGGAUGUUGCUCGUGAGGCAUUCAAAGACUAUGUGCAAGCUCAGUGCUGCUACCAAUCAGGCCCAGCCAAUGAGGGUGUUAUCACCAACAUGGAGUCAUUUAACACAUACAGGUUGCGUCUGGAGACAUUCGCUGAGUCCAGAUCAACUGAGAUGGCCGAGAAACCGUAUGAAGGGGAAACAGCUGACUUCUACGCUCAGCCUGCCCCCACACCUUGGGAAGUCCAGACCAAGACCCCUGAGCUCUUCACCAAACACACUGAGGAGAUCCGAGUGCCAUACACCUCCAAUAUCAAGGAAUGUAACGCCUGCCAUGCCGAAGGAACAGUGUCCUGCAAAGACUGCGAGGCAAAAGGAUAUAAACAAUGCAAUAAAUGCAAUGGCUCUGGUAAGAAUGAGGAGGAAAACUGCACUGACUGCAAUGGAACAGGAAAGGACAGGUGUUCAAAGUGCAGUGGUGCGGGAAAAAAGAAGUGUGAAACCUGUAAAGGAAAAAAAAAAUUGCUGACCUUCAUCAAACUCAAAGUGGAGUGGGCUAACCAUGUGGACAACCAUGUGGUGGAGCAAAACUCUGGCCUGAAGGCUGAAGAGUUGAACUCCGUGAAUGGCAAGGAGCUGCAUAAGAUGACCCAGAUCAUGGUCUACCCGCUGUAUGGGUUCCCAAAUCCAGCCAUCGUUGAGGCCUCUGACCGUCUGAUCAAAGAGCAUCAAUCCAAGUAUGCUCAGACAUCCAGGAUCCUGCAGCAGAGGCAGACUGUUGAGUUGAUCCCCUGUUACUAAGGUGAACUACAAGUGGAAAAAUAGCAUUCACAUCUUCUAUGUUUAUGGAAAGGAAAACAAGGUUAGCACUGACAACUACCCAGAAACCUGCUGCUGCUGUCAUCCUGUAGACAAAAAUUCAAA